AUUGUUUUGGUUGCAAGUGAAAAGAAAAAUCGAUAUUGUUUUAGUCCAGUCCAAUGGAAAAGGAAAAUAAACAGGUCCUGUGACCAGAAAUGAAUAAUGUUCUGUCGUCUGUACUUUGCAAAUUAUUUAAUAUACACACGUGACAAUGAACUAUGUUUACGGACGGAGCAUGGUUGUGAUGGAUUCUUUAAAUGAUCGCAUGCGACUUAAGGACAAAGUCAUCGCAAAUGUAGCAAAAGCAGUGAAAAGUAUACAAGAACUUCAGAUCCUGUCUAGUUCAGGGACCUUAACUUUGGGGAAUUAUGACUGGCAGUGUCACAGGUUAUGUGAGCACUUGGAUCACACAUUACUUCAUGGAUUGCGGCAUGUCACCCCUGGUUACUGGAAAAUUGUGUCCGAGUUCACACACAAAGACUGUGUGAAGGAGAUUAAAAGAAUGAGAAAUGUCACGACAGACCUUGGAAGAGGCAGAGCUUGGUUAUUUAUGGCAUUGAAUGAGUGUCUACUGGAGAGCUACCUACGAUGUUAUCAACAAAACGAAAAUCUGGUGGAAGAAUAUUAUGUGAGGGAUGCUCUAGUCAGAGACCAAGAUAAAUUCAAUGUAUUACUGACUGUUAUCUCUGGUUUAGAGAGUAUUGAAUUUCAGCUUGAAUGUGAUAUGCCUUAUUUAGAUCUAUGUGUGUACCCGCCAAACAGCAAGCAUACCUCCAAUGUAGAAUCGACAGUAGAUUUUGACAGAUUGUCAGUAUGCAGCAUGGAAAGUGUACAUAUACAUGCAUCUAGGCCUUUACCCCAGACAAAGCUUUCAAGGAAGAUAACAGCUGUGUUUGAGACAGGUGAGAGUAGUAGAUGUGGUGACAAGGACACAUCAAGCACGGGGAGUGGAGAACGACACUCUCCCUCACUAGAUAGCGGUAUACACUCGGACUGGAACUACAGGCAGAGAAGUAUAACACCUGUUGAUCAGAUGAGCAUUUCAAGUACAAGUCAAGAUUCUGAGUCCGCUAAAGGAGCAGGUCUAGAAGUCAUUCAUCUUAGUAAAAAAGGAAAGCCACAGAAACAUAAAAAGAAGAAAAGGCGAUUUGUGUCGGUAUCUAACAUUCCUGGACCUGAUGUUAAUGAAAUUCAUGAAUCUGUUGAAGGACCUGUUAUAGAAAUACCACCAAUAGAUGAUUUUAAACUCUCUAGUGCAAUAAUGAAUAGUCAAAAUAAUAAUGAUCCAGAUGUAGAACAAAGUGGAGACAAUUUAAAGAUUUCUAGAACUCGUUCGCCAGGAGAUGGUAUUGAAAAUGACAUUGACAAAAUAGAUGGAAAUGUUAAUACUAGAAAACAUGUAGGUAAAGAUGAACAUCAGGAUCAGAGUAUACUGCAAGCAAAAGGUUCUAAAGUUCAGGAAAGUAAUGUUAAAGAUAAGACAACAGAAAAUACUGGAAACAUUGAGAAUGUUUUAAGUGAUUCUGGAAACAAAGUUAACAAUGAUGCAGAAAAGGCAAAGUCUGAAGAAAACUCUAAACCAGAUCAUAGUAUUUUCACAAAACUUAUUGAAGCAAGAGUUUCAGACAUUGUAAGUGCAGGAGAACAGAUAGAGAAUGAGGAAAACAGGCAUGAAAAUGGUGCUGAAUUUGAAAAUGAGAAUAAAGAUGGUAGAGAUGUUUUUGAAUUCAGUGAAGAUGCAAAUGAACCAGUGAAAGAUUACUCUGAUCUUUAUAGUGGAGACAGUGUCCAGGAUGAAGUAGUUGAGAGGACUAAAGAUGAAAUUGAUACAAUUAAAACUGUAGAAGUUAUUCCUGAAGUGCCAAGUAUAUAUAGCAAAGUGGAGGAUUCAGACUUAAGUAGUGACGAAGAUACUGAAAGUUUUGGACAAAAUUUUGACACAUCUAAACUGAAAGAUAGAGUGUCUAAUAACAGUACACCUACAAGGCAGCCUAAUGCAAGCACUCCAGUAAGGGAUAUUAAAAAUUUAGCGAAUGUUUCAGAUCAUAGAAAAAUGUCGGAUGACUUGGACAAAAUUUCUGUCUCAAGUGAUAAAGGAUUAUCAAGAAACCAAGGAGCCAUGAAGUCACAACAUUCAGAUUCAUCUCUGUAUGGAAGAUUAUCCAAUAGAAACACUCCUGAUAUGAUAGCAGCCAAUCAGAACAGGAGUAAGUCAGCAAUGUCAUACUCAUCCGCCAAUGAAACUGAAGAUGAGCUCUUAAUGAAUAAGAUAUCAGGUAGCAGUAGAAGUAGUAGCAGAAUGUCAACCAGUGAAAUGACAGUUUACAGAAAUUCUCCUGAUCCAAGUACAGAUGAAGAUAAAUUAAGUGUUAAUACACAUUCAAGUACACACUCGCCAAACACAGAUAUGGAAGGUUCUGGCAAAGUAUUACAGAAUAAAGUAGAGGAAUUGAUUGUCCAGAAAAAACUAAAUCAGUACACACAUCUAACAUUUGGUGAGGAUGAAGAUGAGGAUGAAAAUUUUAACCAGCUGCCAAGUCUAAUACGGGAACGUACAUCUAGUCUGAAACCUGGAGAAAUUGAACUGGAUAACAACACGAUGCUUUACUUGAUGCUAGAUGUGCUGAAUGAAGAUGAAACUAUAGUCAAGAUGUUUUGUUGCCUGCAAGGUCACACAGAGGGUAAAACAAAGACAAUCUUAGUUCUGAUCUCCUUGGACUCUGUGUAUAUACUUGAGCCACGACCCGGCAAGAACAAGUUCUCAAAGCUAGCUGUGAUAUCAUUUAAGGAUAUAGAUUUUGUUUCAAUUGGGUUCAACAAUCAGAUUCUGCACUUGGCCUGUAAAAGUAAAAGACAUAAGUACUGGCUUACUCCUGGAGAGGAAAGGAUCACUAUAGCUCUAGUUGACUGUCUAGCAGACAGCAUGGAGAAGAGUGAGAGUAAACCAGGAAGACUGGAGGUUGAUACAGGCAACACUAUACAGAAAAUCUCUCUACAAAAGUAUAUCGCUCACGAGUGUAAAUGCGAGUCAGAUGAUUCUGAAGUGAUAUGUUACUCUCUGGUACACUGGGAAGACCCGACAUCUGACAAGGGUUCCUGUGAGUGGGAUAGAGAAGGGACGUUGUAUUACAAGUCAAACGAAACAACAAAUAUUCUGGGAACUCAGACCUGGAGAUUAGCAUAUGCAGCAUUAAGGGAUAGUAUGUUGUGUCUAUACAAUGAUAAAAAUGAUGCCAAACCGUCCCACUUCCUUAGUAUGGGUGGAGGUCAGUGUGUUGGUUGUAAAAGAGACUUCAACUGUGACAAAAACAACGCCAUUAAAAUUAUGUUGUCUGAUGGUAGUUUCUGGAGUAUUGCACUAGAUACAGAGGAAGAGGCAAAUAAAUGGUUACAGGGCUUGUGCCAGGCUGUGUCUGAGGGAAUGAAGAUGAAUUCUGUUAGAGCAUCAUGUGUCCCAUGCUGUAUGGUGUUGAGUAAACAGAAGUUGUUGAUGUGCCAUGAAGACUUGGAUACCAACUUUAUACGUACGCUCGGUAGUGCUAAUCUACAUGACAUCACAUCUGUCCUCCACGAUGAUCUGCACAAGUCUUAUAUCGUUCUGGUGUUUGAGUCAGAUGAAGAGACUGUAUCCAGUGAGAAAUGGGUGUUGUAUUUCAACAGUGACCAUGAGUGCAACAGGUUUAAAACAGCGCUGUCAGAUUGCUGGUUCAAACAUUUUCAGGUUGAAGUCCCAGUUCUUCCAAUAGAUGACUUUUCUCUACAGAAGAAGUGUAGUGAAAUGGUGCGCCUUUUAAAAUCUUCCCUCACCAUGACCAACAGAUGAAUUUAAACAAGUGUAAAGAAAUUUUACACACAAGCUCUAAGCUUAUCCUGUCUGCUGUUGAAGAAUAUCACACUAUACUGUGGUUAUGUCAGUACUGCAGUAUACUCAUUAAUAAAACAAAAAAUGUUUUCUGUUAAUUUUUUUGCCUGUUGAUUUAGUAUAAGUCGAGUGUCUACAAAGAUUUAUGCAGCUGUGUGACUUUAUUAGAAAUAAGUAGUUUCAUAGUGUCAUCAAUAAAAAAAUAAGUCUCCAUUAACAAAAAAAGUAUGUUUAUUUCUUUCUCUCAAAUUUGAAAUCCAUGAAUUCAUACGCUGAGGAAAAAUUGUCAUUUUGACUCUUAAGAUUUCACACUACACAGUAUAUUUCUACAAAUAUUUUUAAACUUGUUUAACUAACUAAAAAUAUUGACACAUUGUGUAUAUUAGGUCAUGUGUUUUGGAUAAUUAAAAAAAUAUAUCUGUCCUUCAUCAAGUUGAAGUGGUAUGAAAAUUAUGCAUUUAUUUUGUUGAAUUGACUACAAAAUCCUGACAAACGACAAGAAUUGAUGCAUUGGUAUCUAUGCAGCUUUUUAGCAGCAAAAGGGUUUUUUUAUAGGAUGUACCGGUAUCUUCUUUGUUGAUAUCUACAAGAAAGGUUGUAUGGUCCUUCAGAAUUUUAUUUUUAAAAAGUUUUGGUUGGUUAGAUCAUUUUUAUUUUACACUUUUAUGUACUGAAAUGUGCUAGAAUGUAUUUACAUUGUGUUAUAUCAGCUUAAUGUAUUGUUAAGUACAAGUUUAUAUGUAUCUGCAAGUUUAAUGAGACAUUGAUUAAGUAGUUAAUUAAUUCAUUCAUUCAUUCAUAAUAAGUAAAUCAAGUACACUGAAUCACAUUAAAAUCCAAACAUAUUAUGAUGUUCAGCCAAGAAUUAUUGUGAAAAUUGAAGGCAGAAUUUUGAUAAUAAAAUAAACAUAAAGGGUUGAUUAUAAUGUCUGAUUUUUUGAGAAAAAAAAGAGUUAUUGUCAUCACUUGAUCGGCGUCGGCGUUGGAUUUGCCUGGUUAAGUUUUAUGUUUAGGUCAGCUUUUGUCCUAAACUAUCAAAGCUAUUGCUUUAAAACUUGCAACACUUGUUCACCAUCAUAAGCUGACUCUGUACAGCAAGAAACAUAACUCCAUCCUGCUUUUUGCAAGAAUCUUGGCCCCUUUUAGACUUAGAAAAUAUCAGAUUUCUUGUUAAGUUUUAUGUUUAGAUCAACUUUUCUCCUUAACUAUUGAAGCUAUUGCUUUAAAACUUGCAACACUUGUUCACCAUCAAAAGCUGACUCUGUACAGCAAUAAACGUAACUCCAUCCUGCUUUUUGCAAGAAAUAUGGACCUUUUGGACUUAGAAAAUAUCAGAUUUCUUGGUUAAGUUUUGUGUUUAGGUCAUCUUUUCUCCUGAACUAUCAAAGCUAUUGCUUUAAAACUUGCAGCACUUGUUCACCAUCAAAAGCUGACUCUGCACAGCAAAAAACAUAACUCCAUCCUGCUUUUUGCAAGAAUUAUGGCCCCUUUUGGACUUUGAAAAUAUCAGAUUUCUUGGUUACGUUUUGUUUAGGUCAACUUUAAAACUUGCAACACUUAUUCACCACCAGAAGCUGACACUGCACAGCAGUACCGUAACUCUUCAUUGCUUUUUGCAGCAUUGAAGGAAACUUCUUUGGUUUACAUUUGAAACUUGAUGUUAAUAAGCACAAGUGUAUGAUCUUAACAGUUUUCAGUAGGCAGUCAAGAAUACACUAAAAAAACAUUUUGAUGAAAAAUGAUAUCAGGCAGAAGUCCUUAUUUUAACACUUUUCUUCAGUCAUUUUGUGACUUUUAUAUUUGUAUGGUGUGUCUUGUGAAGCAUACAGUUAUGGGGAUAGGCAUUUCUUCAUAGUGAAAUUUUAAAUCGAAAUCUAAGCCUAAAAUAGGAGUUAUUUAGAACUAUCUGAGAAAUGCUUUUUUAAGAACUAUGUAAGUGUUGAGUUUUUUAAAGUGGUUCAGUGUCUUAGCCAAUGUAACCAAACUCAUAUUUGUUGUUAGUUAUGAUUCUUAAUCCAGUUGUUGUUAUGCAGAAAUGUUCAUUAACACUGAGUACAUGUUCUACACUUAGGGAUGUUUAAUGUGUGGUUAAUGAACUCUGUAUUCACCAUCGGUAAAACUGGCAAAAAUUGAAUGUAUCAAAAUUAGAAGUGGUAUUACACUGUACUGUAACAUAUACUCUUGUGUCCAUGAGUUGGGUGUCCUUUAGUGAUACAUAAAUGAAAACAAUGUAUUAUCUAACUUAUUUUGAAAUUUCAGUUGUUACUACACUGUAGUAAAGGAGUUAUUCACCCUAUUUAGUAUUUAUUGAAUAUAUGUUACAGUUUGAGUUAAGUACACAAUGUUUGAUGUAAAUUCUUAGGAAAGGCAAAUAUAUCACUAAUCAAACUCAGACCAUCUUUUAUGUGAAAUUUUCCAAUGUUUUAACCAUUGUAAAACAUCCCCUAAUACUAGUAUUCCAUUUACAUUUAUGCUUCAUUCCUGCAAACCUUCCAGUCCUUUUUUACAUCAUAAUAUUUAUUAGAAAUCUUCAGCUAGAGUAUAUUUAAAUAUUAGUUUUCAAGUGCAAUAUUAUUUUUACUUUGACUGCAUAAUGGUUCUAGAGAGAUUUUGACAUUAAAUUUUAUAAUUUAAGAGUGAGUUAUGCCAAGAGUAAGAACAUUUUUAUCCAAGAGAGCAAGAAACUUGUUAUUUUAAAACUGCUUAUUUUAUAAUGGUUUCUUUUAUUGUCUUUUUGAAUUGUUUAUAUAACAAUGCUGAGAAUCGUUAAAGAAGCUGUUCAAGGUCCUAACAUCAAUGUAAAAUAACUUUGUUUUAGUCAAGAGUUCCAAAUAAUUGAGCCGUGUCGUGGUAAAACCAACAUAGUGGCUUUGCGACCAGCAUGGAUCCAGACCAGCGCGGAUGCACAUCCGCGCAGUCUGGUCAGGAUCCAUGCUGUUCGCUUUCAAAGCCUAUUGGAAUUAGAGAAACUGUUAGCGAACAGCAUGGAUCCUGACCAGACUGCGCGGAUGCGCUGGCUGGUCUGGAUCCAUGCUGUUCGCAAACCCACUAUGUUGGUUUUCCCACAGCACGGCUCAUAUAUAGGUGUAUAGGUAGUAUACUCCUGGAAUCUGAAACAGCCAGAAAAGCUUCUAGAAUAGGAGCAUCUUCAGUAUCUUACAAAAUCCCCCUAAAACUUAGAAUUAUUCACCUUCUUCUAGGGGAGUCAUUGACGAACACAGUAGGUAACUGUGGGCGACUAUGUUGUAUUUUGUUGUGUAUUUAUACCCACUUCCUUGGUUGAAGUUCACAGUGUAACUAGCCCACCAAUAGGGAGAGCCCAGAUCUAUGGACCAUGAGGGUAUGAGUUCUAAGCCGGGGCGAGUUGUAUGUUCUCCUUGAUGUCUUGAUAGGAGAUAGUGUUAUGAAAUCAUUCAUCCCCCACCUCUUAUCCAAAAUAGAGAAGUUACUUGUUAACCGUAAAGUUUCCAAGAACACCCACUUUUACCUAACUGAAAUACCUUCAUAAAACAGCGCUAAACCCAAAAACAGACAUUAUUAUGAAUUAUUUUUAUCUAUCUCAGUUCCCGGUAUAAAUUGGGAAUUAGUUUAUUGUGUCCCAUUAGUAUCAUCUAAGUGUAAAAUCUUAUGCUUCUGUGACUAAGAAAUUUUAAAAAAAAUAUGACAAGUUCCAUCAGGUUGUUAACAACAGCGAGGAGUGGCAUCUUGUUGUAAAGAUAGUUGUCAAACAUAGUUGUUGUAACUUCUGUUUGAUUAUCCUAAUUUGUAAAAAGUAGUUUUCAUGAAUAGAAGCCAUAUAUCCAUUCUAAUGGUCACAAGGGUGUUAGUAUGAAAUUUUUUAGUUCUAAAGACACCUUGAAUUACCAGUUACAUGCCCAAAAGUGUAGUUUUCCCUUUGUAAAACUAUAAGUUUUUUCCUAAUUUAAAAAAAAUAACAUCAUAAUGUUACAUUUAUGCUAAGUUAGAUAUCCUGGAAGUUACAACAUAUCAAUCAUGAGCCAAAAAAAAAAUGUAAAAUUUAGAACUGUAUUUUAUCCAGAAUGGCAGAACUUUACAAUAGAAAAUACCCUGUCAAAAUUUUGUGGUUUACUGGUCAAUUUUAAACUAAUGCAUUGUGAAAAAAAUAUCCCAUUACCACCCUAAAAUAUCUUUAGAAUAAUAUAUAUAUAUAUCGUACUGUUUUAUAUUUAAAAAUAUUUAAAGGGGAAAAGCCCUGUUCUGAAUUAGAUGGAUGCUAGUUCUUAAUCUUACCUUCCCAGGA